CGCCCAAGUUGAGUGUCAGGGCUGCUGCUGUUUCUCGGAGGCCGAUGGACAGCUGCCGGGGCCGGACGGGGCCGACACCCCCCGCGGGGAGCCGCGGCGGCUGCUGAGAGCUCCGCAGAGGGGCGCGCUCGGCGGCGCCGGAGCCGGGGCGCGGGGAGCCGGCGGACGGGCGGGAGAGCGGAGCGGGGCACCCCGAGCGCUCAGGGGCCAGUCCCCGCCGGCGCUGCGCGGCCCGAACCCCUGGGCGUCCCCUCUGCGUGUCCGGGGGGAUGCCCCCCUGCGGGCUCGGCCACUAGCCCGGCGGCCCGGUGCAUGGCCCAGCUAUGGAGGUGGUGGAUGAGACGGAGGCUCUGCAGCGCUUCUUCGAAGGCCACGACAUUAAUGGAGCUCUGGAACCUUCCAACAUCGACACCAGCAUUCUGGAAGAGUACAUCAGCAAGGAAGACUCACCAGAUAUCUGCUUCCCGGACAUCCCUGCCUCAGCCAGCUACGCACACACCCAGCCUUCUGGCUCUGCCUCUGUCAGCGCUCCUGUUGCCAGCUCCAUCUCCAGUGUCGCUCAUGUGACCAACCCAGCUUCCAGUGGUGCCCUCCAUCUCUGUCCCCCAGGCAGCCAAGGCCCGGUCCGUCAUGGUCCUCUUUUGGCCAACCCCUGUGGACCCAGCUACAGUGCUCACCUCAACUGCAAUAACAACAAUGGCAUGGUGGUGCCCAAGGGGUACCUCAGCAGCCACUGCCUGAAUAACGUGGUCCCUCCAAUCAAAUCGGAGCCCAAGGCCUCCUAUGCACCCGGCACUUUACCCGACUCUCCCCCGGACUCUGGAUCAGAAGCCUACUCCCCCCAGCAGGUGAAUGAGCCUCACCUCCUCCGGACCAUGACCCCCGAGAACAUGUGCCACAUGACCCCACCUUCCCGGCUGGAGCACCCUCCCCCGCCUCCCCACCUUCAGGGUCCCCCACCACCUCCGCUGCAUCCACACCAGCAGCAGCACAACCCCCACUAUCCCAGUAUGCAGCGGGACAUGUUCAUGAAGCCUGAGCCGCUGAUGCCGCCGUAUGUCAUCGGGCAGGGCAUGUCCCCAGGCGAUCUCCACCACGCCCAGCAGUCACAGAUGCUUCACCAGCUCCUGCAGCAGCAUGGAGCAGACCUCCCAGUUCACCCAGCCAAGAAGAGGAAACACUCAGAGUCGCCCCCCAACACACUCAACGCACAGAUGCUCAACGGGAUGAUAAAGCAGGAGCCAGGGCUAAUUCAAGACAACGACAGCUUGAACGGCUCGUACCUGGAUCCCAACUACCAGUCCAUAAAGUGGCAGCCGCAUCAGCAGAACAAGUGGGUGACUCUCUACGAUGCCAACUACAAGGAGCUCCCCCCACCCACGUACCGGGUGGAUGCGGACAAAGGCUUCAACUUCUCCGUGGGCGACGAUGCCUUCGUGUGCCAGAAGAAGAAUCACUUCCAGGUCACGGUCUACAUCGGCAUGAUCGGAGAUCCCAAGUACGUGAAGACUCCUGAGGGCCUGAAGCCCCUCGACUGCUUCUACCUGAAGCUGCAUGGAGUGAAGUUAGAGGCCUUGAACCAAUCGAUCAACAUAGAGCAGUCACAGUCUGACCGCAGCAAACGGCCCUUCAACCCUGUCACGGUCAACCUGCCUCCGGAGCAGGUCACAAAGGUCACCGUGGGGCGGCUGCAUUUCAGCGAGACCACGGCUAAUAACAUGAGGAAGAAGGGCAAGCCCAACCCUGACCAGAGGUACUUCAUGCUCGUGGUGGCCCUCCAGGCCCAUGCCCAGAACCAGACCUACACGCUGGCUGCCCACAUCUCCGAGCGCAUCAUCGUCAGACAAAGGGCCAGUUCGGGGGUAAAACACAAACGGAGGGCGGACGGGGACCCCGGAGUCUGCAGACAAGCCUCUAACCCGGGGCAGUUUGAGAGUGACAGCGACGUCCUCUGGCAGCGGGCUCAGCUCCCUGACACGGUUUUUCACCACGGCCGAGUUGGCAUCAACACCGACCGCCCUGAUGAAGCCCUGGUGGUCCAUGGCAACGUGAAGGUCAUGGGAUCACUGAUGCACCCAUCAGACAUCCGAGCAAAAGACGACAUCCAGGAGGUGGACACCACAGAACAGCUGAAGAGGAUCUCCCGUAUGCGGCUGGUGCAUUAUAACUACAAGCCAGAGUUCGCCGCCACUGUGGGCAUUGAAAGCACGUCUGAGACAGGUGUCAUUGCUCAGGAAGUGAAGGAGAUUCUUCCCGAAGCAGUGAAAGACACUGGGGACAUGGUCUUUGCCAAUGGGAAAACCAUCGAGAACUUCCUGGUGGUGAAUAAGGAGCGGAUCUUCAUGGAGAACGUUGGGGCGGUGAAGGAGCUCUGCAAACUGACCGACAACCUGGAGACCCGCAUUGACGAGCUGGAGCGGUGGAGUCACAAGCUGGCUAAGCUCAAGCGGCUGGACAGCAUGAAGUCAACGGUCAGCUCUGGGGCGUUCAGCCAAACAGGAAGUCAGUUCAGCCGUGCAGGAAGUGUGCCCCACAAAAAGAGGCCCCACAAAAUGGCCAGCAAGUCCCCAUCUGUUAUCACGGAACAAGCCUGCAUCAGCCAGCGCUUCUUGCAAGGCACCAUCAUCGCCCUGGUCGUCGUCAUGGCGUUCAGUGUGGUGUCCAUGUCCACCCUCUACGUGCUCAGCUUGCGCAAUGAAGAGGACCUCGCAGAUAUUGAUGGAUUAAAUCAGAACUUUGAUAAGACUCAGCUUGUUUCUUCCACGGCUUCGUCAGACAGACCUAGUGAUGGCACUUCACCGCACCCUGUGACAGUGAAUGGGCCUGACUCUGCCUAUCGCUUGCCCGGCCGUAGCAUCGCCGUGUGUUUCAGCCCUCCAUGUUUUUCCAUGUGCUGUUCUGCUGCUCCCACCAAUGCCUCCGCUGUUGCUGUCUCUGAGAGCAGCCCCACGCAUGCCCCCAACAGGACAGACCAGAUCCACACCUCCCUCCUGCCAGGGAUGAGUAUCAAAGCCAAAUCAAGGGGUGUGACGGGGAAGGUGACCUCUCACGCCAAGUGGCCAAAGACCCCGGAGCGGUCGCAGGGCUUCGGCAGCCCCAACGCCAGCCCCUCCUCCCCCUUCACCCACAUUCAGAGCAAAUCCAAAUACAUCUCCAGCUUCUUGCUGUCACGAAACAGCUUCCCGCUGGGGCAGACCCGGCAGCAGCGCAGCAUCACCCAGCCUGCCAGCCAGCAGCCAGGCAUUGCGGGCACUGGGCACGACGGGCCGGAUGCUUCGCUCCGCUCCAUCCGGAUUGUGGAGAAUGACAUGGCCAUCACUCCCCACUACUGUGCAGCCAGGGAUGCAUGCAGGAGAGGAAACAUCACCUACCGCAUCCCCAUCAGCCCGUCCACAGCAGUGAACACCAACCUGACCUUGGAGAUGAAGUGA